GACACUGCGGAAAACAUGACGACACCGUGCACAAAUAUCCAAGUAGAGACCAGCCGAGAGAGUGUGGAGGUCAGCUGGCCUUUACCUGUGUUUAACGUGACGUCAGAAGGUGUUAUUGGCCGGUGUGACCGGGACCCGGGCAGCCGGUUCUUCUGGGGGACAGUCUGGGUCAGGUGUUGGGUCGAGGGCCACACCGGGAGCGAGGCGGAAUGUCACUUUACCGUCACAGUCAGGCCAUCUAAAUGCCCGAUGUGGAGUCCUCCAAAAAACGGCGCGCUGGCGUGUGACCGGUGGCUGUUUGGCCAGUUCUGUAUGGUUUUCUGUUACGAAGAGUUCGAGUUCGAUUCUCAACCUGCCCAACUGUACAUCUGCGGUGCCUCUGGCUUGUGGUCAACGACUUCUACUAAAACUUCAGUGAGAUGGCCUGACUGUUUGGAAUUGCGGAGUUACAAAAUGCAACACAGAGGAAUAGAACAACAAUACUUUGCUGACGACGUCCUAACAGAAGAGCAGAACGCCACGAGAUCCGUACAGCAAAAUUUCGUGGACGUCUUUGAAGGAACGGCCUUUGGGGAGCAGGGAGGUUGCGCCGGCAACAGUGACUGUAGACCGGACAAUGUGGCGGUGUUCUGGGGUGACUCUGUCGAAGUGACUCCUCCCCCAACCACAACCAGUAUUGUAACAUCCACUCAGAUGAUGCAGACUAACACGACAUACGUAUACGAUGCAGGACCUGAACUAUUGACGAUCAAAGAGAGACUUGUCGUAAUAGUCAGCGGUUUGGCUGGUGUGUUGUUACUGUUUGGAGCCUGCUGUAUCCCCUAUUGCAGAAAACGACGGAGACGCAACCACGAACCAAAACCUACUGGACAAGAGUUAAAGGUGAUGCUGCCAUAGGGUCAUGAGUGCCAGUAACUGUGAAAUUUGCUGACGAAGUAGCCAUCAUUGGUCCAAAUUAUGGAUUCUUUGCAUACAUGUAUACAUGUGCACAUAUACUGUAUAUUUGACACUGCAAGUAACUUAUAAAUAUCACUAACGCUUUAUCUAUGUCAAUAUUGAAUGAGCAAUGUGGUCAAUACCAGCAUUUGUUUUCACAUAAAGAAAACUGAUUGGUGGUCAGCUAUGAUGGAAUGUAUUGCAUCACCAGUGGACUUCGCCAUCUUACUCCAGUUUGUAAUACACAGUACUAGUAAUCUAAUACAGUAUGUUUGCUGUUUUACAGCUAUACAUGUCAUAUUUUGUACCUUGUAGAACUCUUGUGCAAUAAAGUUCAUCAUAGA